UUUUAGCCACCAUUUUGUCGUUAAGAGAGGGACGAGUUGGCUGUUCUUUUGUUUUAACAAUCUUGAUUAUUUUCAAUAAAAAGUACAUUUAUAAUUACAAGUGUCCAUAAUACAUAAUUAUUAAAAUGGUUGAUAGAAUUGAUAUGGCUUUGGACGACAUAAUAAAAGCAAAUAAAAAAGGCAGAGGAGGUGGCGGAGCAGGCCGAAAAUUUGAAGUGAAAAAACCAGGUCGUGGUGCAGGAGGUAGUUUUCGAAGUAAUCGCGCCGGAGGUGUUUUACGAGGCAGAAAUCGUGGAGGAGUAACCAAGUCAACUAAUUACACAAGGGGUGAUGUAAACAGCACUUGGAAACAUGAUAUGUUCAAUGACAUCAAUGAAAGGAAGAUUCAGAGGAAUGCACCUCUGACCACAGGCCCCACAAAACUUUUAGUUUCAAAUUUGGAUUUUGGGGUCUCAGACUCUGAUAUUCAAGAACUAUUCUCAGAAUUUGGCAUUCUCAAAAGUGCCGCUGUACACUAUGACAGAUCUGGUAGAUCAUUAGGUACUGCUGAUGUGGUGUUUGAAAGAAGAGCUGAUGCGUUGAAGGCAAUGAAACAGUAUAAUGGGGUCCCACUUGAUGGCCGCGCCAUGAACAUACAGUUGGCCACAUCGGAAAUCACAACAUUUAGAACUGAAGAAAGAAGUAGACCUGUAGGGGGUGUGGGAGGUGGUGCACCACCUAGACGCAAUAUAAACAGGGGUGGUGGUGCCAAUCGCAGUCCAGGAGGGCAGCGAGGUGGCGCAAGACGCGGUGGCCGUGGUGGGGGCACAGGCGGUGGAGCACCGCGAGGCAAGAAACCUGUACCGACAAUUGAACAACUUGAUGCUGAAUUAGAUGCCUAUGUCAAAGAAAUCAAGUGACAUUUGUUUUUAGAAUAAUUAGAUUAUUUUGUGAAAAAAUAUAUGUGAUUAGUUCUUACAAAUAAGUGACGAAGAUUUAAUUUUUUUAUUCAAAACUUGUCUGACACUCUAAGCAAAAGCAGAAAAUGGUAAAUGAAAAUAAAAUGUUGACCUAC